AUGGAAUCCCAGAUUGAUCAUGUUGCAAAGGAUUCCACAUAUGAUUCUCAAAGGGUUGAUUUGGCUUUAACCCUCUUCAGGCUUUUAGUGAGCCUGUUAUUGCGGGUAUCCAUUGAAGACCAAGAAGUUCAGGUUCACUUGAAGCAGCUGGAUGAUUUGCUCUUUGAUCUUGAGGAAAACACUGAUCAUCAGCCACCAUUUGAUAUGAAUUUCUUCCAUUCCAUCGAAGAUCGUAUCAGCCUAAUUGUACCUGUUUGUAAAAAGGUUUCCAUAUCUUCUUCGUCGCCUUUGGAAAUCGCAGAGAAUGUGGUGAGAUUAAUUGACUUUGCAACUCCGAUUGUUGGAGAUAUAUUGCACUAUCAUGAAUCCAGCCAGGAAGAUGAGCAUCAAAUUGUUGGUAUGAACAAACAUGUUUUACGAGUAUAUAACGAGCUCCAAUAUCUAAGAAACUUUCUUUGGUUAGUUCUUGGGAAUGGACUAAUUAAUCAGCAUGUUCAAGAUGUGAAAACCAUUCUGGAUUCUGCUUUAGAUACUGCCGUUCUAUUUUCCUCCGUUUUUUCCCGCAUUUGUCUUAAGGUCGUCGAGAAUCCACAAGUUUCAAAUCUUCUUCUACAGAAGAUAUAUACACUUCAAGCUAUGAUUAUGGUCGCUUAUUUAGAACAUAAAAGAUAUCGCAAAAUAUCAGUCAUUCCAGAUGAUGUUGAUCCUCCUGUCAAGAACAUUGAUGAACAUGUUGUGGACUUCUUUGAUGGUUUGAUUCACAAACUAAGGCGGCUUCGAUUGUCGAUAAACUCCGUUGAUGUCGAAAAAUUGGCAGAUGAACUCCGCUUUUUAAGGUGCAAAAUCUUGCAUAACAUACUCGCGGUGUAUUCCAAGCAAAACUUUGUUGUCAAGGAAAUGGAGUUUCUAGGUACAUCUAUAACAGCUCUAGUUAUCGAAAUCGGACAUGUAGUUUACUUCAAUCAUUUUCAUCGAGAAGAAAAAGAAUGUGAUGAACAGGAGACAGGGGAAAUUGAGAACAAAAACAGUGCUAGAUUUUGGAUUUCUCGAAUCCCUGGUUUGAUUGAAGCUGUUGCUUCAAUUAAGCAACUCGCAAGCGAUACAUAUUAUGGUAACAAAUUUUUGUGUAAGUCUUUGUGGAGAAAAUUGUGUCGGAGGCCGAUUCGCAGAAAUCAUAUAAUGAAAUCUGUGAAUUUGUUGAUGAAAAAUCUUGAGGAGUUAUCAUCCUACUUCGAGUCUGCAGAUUCAACUACUCUGUUGCAACAUCAGAUAGGAACAUUAAAGCAAGAAAUGGAGUCAAUAACUAGACAAUGUUUAAUUGGUGCGGAAGAAGAAGAUGAGCUGAAGAGCUCAGAUAUGAAAUUUCUUAGGACACAAUCUCAAGAAGCAAUGCGACAUUGCUCGCUUAUAGUUACUUCAAUUUUAUCCGAAGAAGGUUCACUUUGGUAUUAUUUUUUGGGAUUAUUUGUACUUACAAAUGACAUUAGAAUGACUUUCAACAAGAUGAAAGGUAUCCAGGAGUUGGAGAAAUAUUUAGGAGUUAGAGGAAGGGAGAAUUAUGAUGAAGGGCGUUCAAAAGAUCAAAUUUAUUAA